GAGACAUGGACAGCCAAUGGUGGGAUCAUGGUUCCUGGCACGGCGAGGCUGCACCCAUGUCUAUGCAACCGGUCACAUGGCAACCGUCCAAGGAUGGAGAGCGUCUGAUUGGUCGAAUUCUACUGAAUAAGAGGAUGAAGGACGGGACGGUUCCCGCGGAUACAGGAGCACUGCUGGGACUCAAGGUGGUCGGAGGAAAGAUGACGGAGUCCGGUCGUCUCUGUGCGUUCAUCACGAAGGUGAAGAGAGGAAGUCUGGCCGACACCGUGGGACACCUGAGGCCAGGUGACCAGGUUCUGGAGUGGAACGGUCGGGUUCUUCAGGGAGCCACAUUUAAUGAAGUUUACAACAUUAUCCUGGAGUCCAAACCAGAACCACAGGUGGAGCUGGUGGUGUCCCGACCCCUUGGAGACAUCUCCAGAGCAACAGACUCCCACGCCCCACUGGAUUCCAGUUCCAGUUCCUUUGACUCUCAGAAAGUCGGCCCGUCCAUCUCCGUCACGUCUCCCAUGAGUCCCAGCGUCCUGUCCGGACAGGUGUCUACUGGAAACAGGCGUCCUCUGGUUCCCAGAAUCCAGGUGAAGCUGUGGUACGAUAAAGUCGGUCAUCAGCUGAUCGUCACGGUUCUCGGAGCCAAAGAACUUCCUGUCCGAGAUGACGGUCGACCGAGGAACCCUUAUGUUAAGAUCUACUUCCUGCCAGACAGAAGUGAUAAGAGUAAACGCAGAACAAAGACAGUGAAGAAAUCGGUGGAACCUCGGUGGAACCAGACCUUCAUGUACUCUCCGGUCCAUCGAAGGGAGUUCAGAGAGCGGAUGUUGGAGCUGACCGUCUGGGACCAGGCCCGGGUACGCGAGGAGGAGAGCCAGUUCCUGGGAGAGGUCCUGAUCGAGAUGGAGUCGGCCCUGCUGGACGAUCAGCCUCACUGGUACAAACUGCAGCUCCAUGACGUGUCCUCUGCACCGCUGCCCAACGCCUCCCCCUACCUGCAGAGGAGAGGACUGCAGCCCGAGGAGACGCCGCCGAGCAGGAGGCUGCAGAGGUCUCAGAGGAUCAGUGACAGCGAGUUCUCAGACUACGACUGUGAAGAUGGCAUUGGGGUGAUAUCAGACCACAGACAGAAUGGGCGGGAUUUCCACAGCUCCACCCUCUCAGUGCCAGAGCAGGUGAUGUCGUCCAAUCACUGCUCUCGAUCUGAUGUGGUCAGAAUGAGGUCACGGUCGCCAAGCCAACCGCCUCCUCACAGGUUCAGUCGGGGGAUGGACCGGCGGGAUUACUACAGUCGCUCUCGCUCGGCCGACCAGCGGGCGAUGGUGGACCGACCCGUCUACAUGCGCUCUCACUCCACCGACCGAGCUGACUCCGCCCACCUCAGGUCCAGACGCUCCGCCCCCCCCUCACCUAUCCCCACCAGGGCGAACCCUCGAGGUGGAUCCACCCAGACGAGUCCAACAGGAACGCCGGUCUGCAGCCGCCGAGGACGCCUGCUGCCCAUCGUCCCGCCCAAAGGUGCUCCGGAUAGAAGUACGUCUCUUAGCUUCCUGUCAGGUGACACGUCCAAAGCCAACCAGCUGCUAGCAAUGUUCACACGCUGCUGA